AGAUCCAGCCUUCGUCCAAUAUGUUUACGCUGCACGGGAAUUUAUUUAUAACUGAUUGCUGAGCUCUGCGAUGGCCUCCGCCCAGCUGGAGGAGCAAGUUACCCCACCGGCCGCCAGCGAUUGGCGGCUGUGGUGCCGCCUCUGCGCCAAGGACGAUGUUCAGGGAAAUAUGAACGUCUUCCUGAAGAAUGAGAACUCCGGAGACGGUCCCUCCGGCGACCUUUCAUUGGCUACCGCCAUUGGAAAGUAUUUUUGGGUAAAUAUUUCCCGUGGCGAGGAUUUACCGGAAGUGAUAUGCAGCGAGUGCCUCACGUUGGUCACAUCCUUGGUGAAUUUCUCGGAACGAAUCACCCGAGUGCAGAAGCUCUACUGUAUCCUCCAAAGUACCGGGCAGAGAGAUGACUUGAAUCUACAGGAACUACGCUCCAGAUUUGGCCUGCUAGAGGAAGCUGAGGUGCAUUAUUUGGACGAGAAGCCAAAACUUGAUAUUCGGGAAGGAUUACUUUCUGAAGAAUCAACUUUUGAGUUGGAAAAUCCACUAACAACAGUGGAGACUGAUGAGGUGGACGAGGAGGGAGAGGAGGAUUUGGAGCUGCCAGCUCCACAGCAUGAGGAGGAGCAGAACCACGUGAUAGAUGAGACGGACGAAGGCCAGCCUCCGGUGGAGGAGGAUGAAGAAUCUGUUCUGCUGAAACUUUGCGAUGCUUAUGGUAUCAGUGAGCAAGGUUCUCCCGGCGAGCAGUCGCCAAAAAAAGCAGAGAAGUCCGAAAAGGAGCACCAAUGCAGCGAAUGCUCUCGAACUUACACUCAUGCUCGUACCCUGCACAGACAUUUGAGGCAGGAUCACGGAAAGAUUGAAAGUAUAGACUCGCUGACUUGCCCUGAGUGUUCCAAGAAGUUUCGCACGCGUUUUGGUCUGGAGCGGCAUAUGCAGCAAGGACACUUGCCCCUUCCAGACCGUAAGCAGUUCUCCUGUCAUCGCUGCGAUAAGAAGUUCACGAGCAGUGCGUCCGCCCAAUAUCAUUCGCAGUAUAUGCACCUGGACGAGCGACCCCGACCUGUGAUCUGCGAGCAAUGCGGCGUGGGUGUGCACUCCAUAAGUGCCCUCAAGGAGCACGUUUUGAAGCACACGGACUACGCACCCUUUGAGUGCGAGGUGUGCCGCAAGUGCUUCAAGUCCGCCACCCGCCUAAAGCAUCAUAAAGAGACCCACGAUCCGCACAAGUACAUUUGCCCCGAGUGUGGUAUGCAGCUGAACUCCCGUCCGACCCUUAACCGCCACCGAUUGGUUCACACCGAUCAAAUGCAGCACAAGUGCGAUUACUGCGGCCGGGAGUUCAAAAGGGCCAAGGCACUGAAAAACCACCUAAUCCUGCAUACGGGCCUGAAGCCGUACUCCUGUGAUUUCUGCGAUCGGACCUUUGCCAACGGCUCCAACUGUCGGACGCACAAAAAGAAGGCGCAUCCCGAGGAGCUGGCCGCCCAAGAGGCGGCGGGCGGAUCAAAGAGCUAUAACCGAAACAUACCUAAGCUGGAGGCUCUCAAGGCGUUCACUAAAAACAAGGAUAAUCUUUCGCCUGUGGCUACUAAACAAAGUGGGUGCUUUGCUUUUGGAAAAAAACCAAAAGCUCCAGUCAAGGAGGAUGUUCCGUUGGAACCGAGUGCAGUGCCAAAUCAGGAAUCCGAAGUGGCACCUGAACCCGCAGAUUCCACUGAUCACUCAGUAGAAACAGAACCCACAACCGAAGCCCCAUCCUCCGCCAUACCUACGAUAGACAACAUCUACCAUCAAAUCAUGAUUAACUAUCGCUAAAUUUA